AUGCUCUCUCGAAAGAAACACCACCCAACACCCACAUUUCUCGAGGGAACACGCGGGAAUUAUGUGAGACGAGCAAGUCCCCCAAAUAUACCAUCACUUGGAGGUAGACGUGCCAGUCAACAACCCCAACCCGAAACUAGCCAAACCUCGCUACAGAAUAGCACUGGCUCAUCAACAGGACUUUCUCCAAGACCACACCUUGCCCCACUUUCAUCCCAUAGCUUUUCUGGAUUAAGGACGCCAGACCGAGGCCGUUUGGCUGUCUCACAAAGUAUUGGCAAUGUUGCCCCGUUGGGUGUACAAGAGAAUGCUCCACGAAUCUCGGCAUCGUUGAACAAUUUGCCGAUAAGAGCACUGGGGAACUCGAUUAUUGGCAAUGAAAGUCUUGUUUCGGGCAGCUCCCCAGAGGAUGAACUGCCAUUGCCGCCGAAUUGGGCCGUUGAAGUGACGGAUUCUGGAUAUCGGUACUAUGUUGAUCAUAACAAUCGACGAACACAUUGGCUUCAUCCCCUUGCUCGUGAAAGUCUCCCUCCUGGAUGGAAAAAGUUAUUCGAUCUAACACAAGGAGUCAUUUAUUUUUACGAACUGGAGAAUCGAAUCCAGCUCGAACAUCCCGGCUUGCAAGACCCUCAACCCCCGCCUCAACAAAUGCCACCUGAACCCAGACAGCUUGCCCCCUACCCCGUCACCUCAAAUGUUCUCCGAGCUGAAAGCACCGUCGAGAAUUUAAACAUCAUACAUGGAGAGACUCCGGAAUGGCUCCGAUUGUAUUCGCAAGCUGAUUUAAAGUUUGAUAAUCUUUUGGAGUGGGGUCUUUUCUCUGAAGGCGACUUGCAGAAAUACAGUGAACUUAUGCUGAAACUUCAUAAACAAGAGGUAAUAAACGUGGUGAUCCAGUACGAGCGUUUGAGGAAAGCGAUCCUUCGAGAGAUCGAUCAACGAGCACAAGGAAAUCAUCCUUUGAUGAAUUUGAUGCAACCUCAUCCACAAUCUCAACCACUACCACCACCACCUCAAUUUCAAGCAUAUAGAUCU